CGACCCUAAGAAAAACCCGCAUGUGCGUGCGACAGAGACGGAAGACGCGACGACCCUUUCAUCGUCCUCACCAUCGUCGUCGUCAGCAUCAUCAUCAUCAUCAUCAUCGAGUUCAACCCACACCGCCAUUUUCGCCCAUAGCCGCAUCGUCGGCUCUCACCCGGAGUAUCCCAGAGCACAUUCCUGCGUCAGUUGCGAUUUCGAAGAACAAGCUGUACGAGAGCAGAGCAGCAGCAGUAUAGCGCGAGUCGUCGCCAUGCGUACAUUGUUGCAGGCCAGUAGUAGUCGCGUCUCGCGCUGAGCCAGCGGUAAUCGUUGUUCCAGAUUAUAUCGGGCAGGAAUUCGCCCAGACAAGCGAAAAAAAGAAGACGACAGCAGCUAGUGCAUCGCGUCGCCCGAAUAAUAACGGAAAGCUGCAGAGAAGAGCAAGAGAGAAAGAGAUAGAGAGAGAGAGAGAAGCGAGAGUGUCGUGAGCGCGCGGCCCAGGAUGGCUGAUGUAGCCUCGUCGUCGUCUAGGCUUGAAGCCUGUCGGCGUGUUGCUGAGACGUGAGGGCCCAGAGGAGCCUGCACUGGAUCGUUCUUUUACCCAUGACGUCCGCCCGACGGGUGCGGACGCAUCGAUUAUAUACGUUCUAACGAUAACAAGCGGAGCAUUGCUCGAAUCUUGACGAUCAAGACUUAUAGCUGCUGAUCACGAUUGUGAACGCAUCCUUAGCUGCGAGCUACUCGGGAAAUUCGCCGAGAGGAUUCCCAUCCGCUCGCGGGGAUUGUGCAUAAGGUUCCGCCGAAUAAGGGAUAGAAACACGAGUGUGUAUAGAAGCGCCGAACGGCCGAGAGUGAGAGAGACAGCGAUACACGCGUACACAGCAAGUCGUCGUCGUCGUCGUCGUCGUCGUCGAGGAGAAAAUUCAAAUGGCAAAUUGGAGCAGCGGUGCUUGGCGAUACACGUAAGGGCACUGAUCGCAGAAUGGUGGUCGAUUGCUUGUCAUCUCAGGGCUCCGGAGGACGGAAGCAUGAGAGAAGAAUGGCUGGCUCGGUCAGCUCUAAAAUGCAGCCCAUCGUCACAGCGGCAGGUGGCAUGACACCCAAGGAGCUCUGCGACAAUGACGACUUGGCAACUUCUUUGGUGCUUGACACCUACCUAGGCUUCACCACACACAAGAUGAACAUCAGGUACAGACCUCUGAAAGCCAACAAGGAGGAACUCAAGAAAGUCAUCACAGAGUUCAUCCAGACUCAAAACUACGAGAAGGCUUACAAAAAAUUGAUCAGCGGAGAUUGGGGUGCCCGCUUGCCGCACAUGAAGUCUAAACAGCAACAGAUCAAUUUAGAGGAUCAUAUAUUUCGAUACUUGAGGGUAUUUGAUAAAAAUUCGGGAUUUGUUAUCAAGGCGUGUUACAGAUAUUCACUAGAGGGUCAAAAAGGAGCUAAAAUAUGUGCAACCAGAAAAUGGCUAAAGAAUGAGAAAAUAUCUUGCCUUGUUGGUUGUAUAGCGGAGUUGAGUGAUAAAGAGGAAGCCGCCCUCUUGCAUCCAGGAAAAAAUGACUUUUCAGUGAUGUUCAGUUGUAGAAAAAAUUGUGCUCAACUUUGGUUGGGCCCAGCAGCAUAUAUUAAUCAUGAUUGCAGGGCAAACUGCAAGUUUGUGGCGACUGGUCGGGAUACUGCCUGUGUAAAAGUUUUACGUGAUAUCGAAGUUGGUGAAGAAAUCACUUGCUUCUACGGAGAAGAUUUUUUUGGGGAUGGCAAUUGCUACUGUGAGUGCGAAACUUGUGAAAGACGUGGCACUGGAGCAUUUGCUAAUCAAAAGCCUGGAGAAGAAUUGGAAUCAGGUUAUCGUUUGAGAGAGACGGAUAACCGCAUAAACCGUCAUAAACACAAGCAACCCCUUGGUGCCAACAAACAGCAAGAAACUACUCUCACUGAGCGAAAUGGAGAGAUCAGUAAUGCUGUAGUUGCACCCCAGUCGCUUAGUAUGAAAGAAUUGAAGCGAAAAGGUCUGACCAAGUAUGAUGCUGAGCUCUUGAUUGCUCAGGGUUGUAGAUUCUCCGAUAUUGCUCAGCAGCCAACAUUGUUGAAUAACGAAGAGAACACAUCUCAAGAUUCUCAAAAUGCGCCAGCUUCAGCCACGAGAACACUAAGAAAUAAAAAUCAAGCAAACAAGACUGAAAGUAAUAAUAAUAAUAACGUUAAUAAUAAUAAUAAUCGCAACAACUUGAAAGGUUGUCGUCUGAGGGCUUCCAGGCAUCAAAAGAGAGCAGAGGCGAAAAGAAGUAAAGCAGGUGAAAGCAAUGGGUCUCAUCAUGGCACCAUCAAUGUGCGUCAUAGGAAAGAGGAUUCUGAUAGAGGAGAAGGUGAUGAGAAUUGGGCUUUUUCGAAUUUACAUAAACUUAAAAAUCAAGAAACGUCCAGAAACGAUAGUGUUAAUGCAUGUCAUAUUCGCGAUCUUGGAUCUACAGCAUCGACUAAUCAUAUUGAGAACCAAUGCGAUGAAGAGUGCUCAUCAAGAUUAUCAGAGAAUGCAGCAUCAAGUGAAGAGCUAAAUGUGAAUUCACAAGAUGAAGCUACUGAGAAUGAUCCAUCAUUCUUAAAUCAUGGAAAAGAACACAGUACAAAUUCUUCCAGUCCAAAUCGUACUAGCCUCCUAUCCGAUUCCAAGUUUCAUAAAACUUCAGAUGUUCAAACAUUGGACAAAACAAAUUCAAAUCAGUGUGAAAAUGGUUUAAAAAGUGUCCAGUGUUCUACAAAUACUGAUUCUAUAAAUAAAUUGGAUAGUGAAUGCCAAGUGAAAGAUACAAGUACGGAUCAAGUUGAAAGCUCAGGGAAAAUCUAUGAUCAUCUGUUUGAAGCAAAGGCUCUCAAGUUCAGUGAUAGUGUGUCCUAUGACGUGACUUGUAGAAAAUCUCCAAUAUUAGGCAAUGCUCCACGAAAUUCUCCUUUUCAUGAAACUAAAGAAUUCCAUAAGCUUGAUUCUGUUAAAGGCUCUGCUGGAGAAACUUUAGAUUCUAAUGUAGACGCGAAUUAUCAACAAUCCGAGUUAACCUCAAUAGAAUCGAUGAAUACCUCUGAUAUUCAUCAAGCCCAUUCAUUAGAAGGUGAUUGUAAGUCAAAAUAUCCCAGUGAUGUUCAAGAUUGUGCUAAAAUUGUAACGGAUCAGGAUAAUCAUAUUUUCACAGAGGAAAAGCAUAAUGAAGUAGCUAUUAAGGAAGAGACCUUACAAAAUUUAAAUGCAGUGAGUGAUCCUUUGAUACAAGACCAAGUGUGUGCGGAUAAUUUUCUUACUAAAAAAUCAGAGGAUACACGCAGCUUGACACUCAAGAGAUGUAAUGACUUAUUAUCAAGCUCCCAGCAUAAGAGUCACAGUAAAAAGCAGACGAAUCGUUUGUCACGGACAAAAUGUAAGAAAACGAAAAAUCGAAGUUUAUUAGACAGGUGCAAUGUUAGAUUAACGAGAAGCCAGAAGAAAGACUCUCAACAACCUACACCUGCAAUGCCGAUCGGAACGGCUGACGAUGAUUCUGGCAUCCAAGGAGACAUUUAUGAGUUUAGUGAAAAAGAGAGCAACCUUGAAGAUAUUAGUUUGCCAAAUCGUGUUUCACACUUAAGGGAUAGGUUCCAUGAAGUCAAGGAAAAUCCGGCAACUUCAACUAUGCCAUUGGAUUCGUGGAAUAGACGCUCAAGGGAAAAUUCUCUUGAUAGCCAAGAUAAGCAUAACGACAGCAGCAGCAGUAGUAGCAGUAGCAGUAGUAGCAGCAAUAGAAGCAGCAGUACAAGUAGUGGUAUUAGCAGCGACCGACAAUCUGAACAGCAACAGCAAGCCCCAUUGACCCCGUCCUCUUGGCAGAGCCAGCAGCAACACUCCCAACAUAAUUGCCAUCGCCAUCCAAGUCCCAAAACGACCUCGGAAAGUAGUCGCGUCUAUCCUACGACACCGGAACGACGUGGACUCAAGCUGACACUGCGUAUGAAGCGUUCGCCGAUCCUGGACGACGUAAUCGAAUCAGGCACAAGUCUGAGCGAGGACAACGAGGUGCCGGAGUACGAGGUGUGGCGCGUGGAAGGCGUCGACGAGGAAGAAACCGAAGCUGUACGGCCCCGUAAAAAACACAAAACUCGGGAUCGUGAGAGGAGACACAAGCGUCGUGAGAUCAUCCCCCCUCCCGUACCGAUGAAACGGCUCCGGCUUAUCUUCGGCAACGAAACCCGCACCAUCGACCUCCCGCACUCCUAACGCCCGGGGACGCCGGGAUAGCGGGCGCUUCAGUCAGGCCCCAUCAACAAUGAUGCCGAAAAGGGCGAGCGUGAGCAGCGGGAAUUGCUUGACGAUUAUUUUCGAUCAAUUUUCUGUUAGGUAGUGUUAUACCAAGAUUCGACAGAAGAAUUUUUCCGACUGGUUUUACGUAUCUUUUCAAAUCAACUGACAUAUAUAUAAUUUUUUUAAAGUACACCACAGUUUCACAAAUAAAUGAAUUUCAAGUGAUUGGUUGCUGCAGCAGCUCGUUUUUAACGCCAUUUGUUAACGGGAAGGAUCUUAGAGAUCUGUCGAGUUAACAACUAGUGCUAUUAGAUUUGGAACUAUCAUCUUCGACUGAAAAUGUCAAACAAUGGCACUAGUUUUACGUUCAUCGUCCCGCUAUACUUAUGGGCUUUUUUCGUGUAUCGAUUUGUUUUACGUUAUUUUAAUCUUUCGAACUUCGUCUCGUUUUGUCUCAAGCAUUUCAACGAAUUGUUCGAUUGCGUAUUUUUUUCCUGUAAAUCAAGUAGUCAACAAAAAAGACCUGUAAAUAUAAAAUUCCAUUUAGGCUUAUUUUUUACGCGUAUCAAUUGCGGUUGUAUGUAAAAAAAUAUUCCUUUUAGUAUCUAAAAUUUUUGUGUCUUAUUUAGAAAUGAUUUUUAAAUUGAUAUUUAGCUAGUCUCAAAGAGUAGUAAUAUAGACGUUAGUUCGUCAGUACAAAAAAGAAUGAAUUUCGUAUGCCCAUUUGUAUUCGGAAGCUGCGUUGAAAAUUACUCUAAUUAUUGUCAGCAAUUUUCAAUAAUCUUCAUUGACAGCUUGAGCUGAUAAUUAAUUAAAUCAGAGAGACAAGACGUUGAAGGUUACAUACAUUAUUCUGCAAAUUGUGGAGCACAUAUUUUUUCUUUAUGCGAAAAGAAGUUGAAUGCUUAUACGGAUCAUGAAUACACCGCUUAUAUACUAUGUAUAAAUAGUUUGUUGCAUAAAGGAUUAAAUUAAUUGACAAACUAAUUUAAAAUCUCCAAUGUGAUCACACUAAAAAUAUUCAUGACAACCUACUUGAAAAAUCAGAAAGGUUGUACUGAUUCUUUUGCUCAUGUGAUCAUUUUCAAGAGGUUUUUGAAACGCGUUUGUUAUUAGUAAUGUAUUAUUAUUGAUUCCAAAAUCUAAAUUUGGCUGACACAAUGCAAAUUCGUAUGUACAUAUUUUAUGUAUCAAAGUAGCAGCGGUCUCAAUACAAACAUACAAUCUGUAACAGAGAGUAAUCCAUGAUACUUUUUAUAUCUUUGUAUAUGAUUGGUAAUUAAUCUUUGUUACAGAUGUUUAUGUAGGAGAAAAAUUUCACGACUGCAUUUUCGGAAUGUCACACUCAAAUUAAUUUUUCACCUUGUAUGAUUUCUUUCGAUGACAAAUUUUUAAUUUAUCUGACGUCAUUUUGCCGAUAGUCAAAAAAAUUAUUAAUAAUUUUUAAUUAUUGAAAAAAUAUAUUGAUCAAAUAAAUUUUUGUCUAUGAUAUGUAAAAAUAACUAUAUCCAAGGAAAUUAUUGUGAAUAAAUUAUGUUUUUAUUUUUAAGCGAUUUCGUUAAAAAAAAUUAAAUUUUCAUGUUCUUGCCGAUAAAAUUUGUUAUGCUUAAUAAUCAAAUUUCAUCCAUGGAAAUUGAAUAUUUCUAUGAUUUGUAGAUUCAGUUGGUAAAAAUUAAAUUUAUUCGAGACUGUAAAGAAAAUCCCAAAUAGUUUCAAACUUGAAUCUUGAGAUCGUACUGACGUUAUUGACGUAAUCUAACUUUAUAUACUUCACAACUGCUAAUGAUUAUACAAUUAGUAAGUCUCUCACGCUCAAAUUGAAGCAAUUAUUGCGUAUAUGUUUAGAAUUCAAAAGAUCCUAGGAAUUAUACAAAAGUUGCAUUAGUACUGAAAUAUAAAACAAAAUGAGUAAUUUUGACAUUUCCUUAAAAAAACUAUUGCAUUAUAGCGAUUGAGUAUUGCAAUUAUUAAAUGAUUGACAAGGAAAUCACAUUUACAGGAACGUCAUGAAGUAUACAUUCAUAAAUCAUUAUACAUAUAGACAUGGGAUGUACCAUAUAUCUAUGUAUUUACAAUUAAAAGAAAAUAUAAAUACGUAUACAUAUAUACAUACAAUGCAGAAUGAAAAUUUUCAAAUACAUAAACAAGCAAUGUAAUAUACGGCUAGGCAUAACGAUAACGCAAGUACACAUAAGUUAAAAGUAAACCGCAAAUGGAUUCUGUCAGAGAGUGUAACUACUAUCACCUCUCUAAGAAACAAACAAAAAAAUUUGUGAUAUAUAACAUAAUACCUAUCCCUCGUUUUAUUAUAUUAUAAUAAUUGUAAACAGCUCUUUGUGUAAAAGUUCUUGCGAGCUUUUACUAGACGAUGAGAAAAUUGAAAUUAAAUAAUAUUAUCAGUGAAUCUUAGGAGAAAAACUACAACUAUAAUUAUAUUAUAUAUAAAUAUCGUAAAGUGAAUUUUUGCGCACUUAACGGAGUUGGUUACGCUUACAAAAAAAGUGUGUCGAAAAAAUCUUAGUAGCCUCUCCGCUGGACGUUGUUUUCGGCUGUAUAAAAAUGAUAAACAAAAAAUUACAAAAAGAAAAAAAAAUUACAAAAUAAAUGAAGAGACGUUUGCUGUUUUUUUUCUAGGAAAAGGAGAAGAGAGAGGAUGCAUACUCUUCGUUCUCUCGAUCGAAUACGAGAAACGAAACCGUAUUUUGUCCGAAAAUACGAACAUGCGCCCUCAAUUUGGCGGCAUUCGUUUGCGUAAUUUUUUCUUUUUACGUUAGCCUCGUGACGAUUAUGCUUACCGAGCAAUUUCGUAUACUGCCAAUCAUUGUAGAACAUGUAAGUUGUGAAGUGAAUAUUGCGUAUGAUUUUCUCAAUUGAUGAUUAGUGCAAGCUAUAAUUCUGCUUGUGAAAAGUAGAUUGCAAACUCAGGAAAGUUUAUGUAUCUUUGUGUGACCGUGUAUAAUUGUAUAAAAUUUAAUUAGAUUGCCGCGUACAGUUUUAUAUAGUUUUAUAUUUGCUCACGAUUAAUUUUAUGUCCGAUUAUUUUUUAUUGUAAUUUUAGAUAGUAAGAUAAGAAAAGUAUUGUUAUCCUAAGAGGUACAUACAUUUAUCAUAUAGGAAGUCAAUUGCUUUAUUUUAAUUAUAAAAGGUGUUAUACAAGUUUAAACCUUCUGAUCUCUCUAUUAGAUAAUAAAUUUGUACACAAAUAAAUUUUCAUUAAUAUUUCUUAAUCAAAUUGAAUAAAUUAUGCAAUAAAAAAGAUAUAAUUAACGAUUCAAUUAAAAAUAAACUUUUUAUCAACAGUUUAACAAGUAUAUGCAUUUAGAAAUAGUUAAAUAGUACAAUAGUUUAUAUAAAAGUAUUUGCAGUGUUCAUAAGUGAAAAUAAAUUUAGUAAGUUAUCAGUUUGCAAUAAAUUUCUUUUACUUAAAUAGGUAUCAAUAAAUUUCAUUUAUAUUAGUUGUACACAAUAUUCACUUCAUUUCUGAAAGCCACGUCCAUUACGACGUUAUCAUAUACGAUACUUGCUUGACAAAGCAUUUUUCCAGCCUGAUGUUAAUGUAAAAAUUUUGUUUUUAAGGCCCUUUUUAGUUUUUAGCAAACAACAUUUGAUGAAUUCCAUUAGUGCCGCCAAGUUGAGCUCUGAAUCAUGAUGGCAGAGUCUCGCUCACUGCCACUAGACGAAUAAUUAUAUAGCAAUGAUUUAAGCUUAUCUCCCUUUUUUUGUAUAUUUAUAAGAAUAUUUUUCGCUUAGAAAACAGACACUUUAUCGGCGACAUCGUCGUUCCCUUUUUUCGUUUGUAAAUAUGUUGUAAGAGGUAUCGAUCAUAGCACUGUACACUCAUUGCAUGCCACUUUUUUAAACAUUCUUUUUUCAGAAACCUGACAAUAUUUUUAUUCAUGAUGAUAAGUGCAAGUACAUACACACACAAAAAAAUGUAUAAGAAGCAAAAGCUUAAACGUAUAAGCUGCGCGGUCGUGCACAUAAUGUGCAUUCGAAUCAUGUUAAAAAAUCCUUGACGAUUUUUUUUAUUUAUAUUUUUGUCGAUUGUAUACAAAUCUUCGAUAAAUAUAGCGUUCGAACGAUGUCGAAGGUAUAUAAGAAAAAAUAAAAACGUUCUUGGGAUUAAUUUUUCAUGUACAUUCUUCAUUGUGCCGUACCUAUGGUAUAAUAAAUCACUAUUGUAUCUAA